AUGACUGUCCAGAAACUGGUAGCUACAGCUGUGUUGGUAGCCCUGGUCUCACUUAUUCUUAACAACGCGGCUGCCUUUACUCCCAACUGGGUGUACCAGACCCUGGAGGACGGGCGUAAGCGCAGCGUGGGGCUCUGGAAGAUGUGCUGGCUGGCAGAGAAGAGCAGAGGAGGUGCAAGCACAAGUGCCAGGCACGGGCAAGGGGAGGAGCGGGAGUGUGAAGCCCUGGGCUGGGGUUCAGAGGCGGCUGGGUUCCAGGAGUCGCGCAGUACUGUCAAACUGCAGUUUGACAUGAUGCGUGCUUGUAACCUCAUCGCCACUGUUGCUCUGACUGCUGGCCAGCUCAUCUUUGUCCUGGGCCUGAUGGAGCUACCCAUCAUUUCCCAGGAUACCCAGUGGUGGGAGGAGGCCAUAGCUGCCGUGUUCCAACUUGCCAGUUUUGUUCUGGUUAUCGGAUUGGUGACUUUCUACCGCAUCGGACCAUACACCAACCUCUCUUGGUCUUGCUAUCUGAACAUUGGAGCCUGUCUUUUGGCCACUCUGGCAGCUGCCAUUCUCAUAUGGAACAUCCUUCACAGGCGUGAGGACUGCAUGGCACCACGGGUCAUUGUCAUCAGCCGUACACUGACCGCUCGGUUUCGCCGUGGCCUGGAAAACGACUAUGUUGAGUCACCAUGCUGA